UGCAAUGACGCAGCGCGAUCCGACACCUGCAGCGUUCUCGAUGCGUCUGGGCGCCAAGAAAAGGAAGCACUGCGAUUCCAACCAUGCCAACACCACAAGCAAAGCAACUCCUUGUGCGGCCUUCCUCUCCCAGACGCAGUUGGAUGGCAUGUCCGAUUACGACUACGCUGACAUGACGAUGGAUGUGCAACCGUCCUCCUCUCAUAUCUUGUCGUUGGAAGACGCUGCAGCCAAGGUCAAACGACUCAAGGCCGAGGGAAACACUCUCGCCGAAGCAGGACUGUUUCGAGCGGCCGUCGCACGGUUCCAGCACGGUCUCGACAUCGACCCUGACAAUGGCGUAUUGUAUGAACUCCAAGCCCAAGCAUACCUUGCAUCUAACGACUAUUUCCGCGGCAUUGAGGCUGCGACACGGGCCACGGAACUAUGUCCGGAGUGGAGUGACGGGUUCGCCACGUUGGCCCAUUGUCAGUUCAAUUUCGGCGAGCUGGACCUGGCCCAUGCUGCCAUGUUAAAAGUACGCGUGCUCCCUCUAUGUUUCGCCCACGUGACACACUACAAAGGCGUGGACGCUCGAACAAGAUGCCUGUCAAAAGCAGCAAUGGCAGGCCGAGCUCGACGACAUGGCAUCGCUGCUUGCAGUCCAAACCGACAAUAUCGCAACAAUCGCGCCCCCGUCCACCGUCGCACUGACGCCAGACGAGCAUCAGGUCCGAACGUGCAAGGCGAAUUUGUGUCGGCGGAGUGUGCACUGGCCUUCGUGACACCGUUGACAUUGUACAGGACCGUCUAUUAUAGUAUUGUGUGUUCUAUUGCUACAUGAAAGCUCCGUUCGAAUGCACCGGAGGGGGCAUCUGCACG